CGGAAGCCCCGUGUCUUAUUCAGGGUAACUUGACUCCGCUGGCAGAGCCGGGCAGCAGUAACAAGCGGAGCAGCUGAUGCUGCGCGCGGGCUAAAAAUAAUCAACGUUUUACACUUCGACUCUCACUGUAUUCUCGGUCUUUUCUCUUUUUGUCUUCUUUCUUUCUUUUAUAUUUUUGAAUCCAGACAUCCGGAAUGAAACGUUGUCAUUAAGGAUUAUCACUUUUCUUUGAGGUCGACCCCAGGCUCGGGUGCAGCGGCCGGUCGGGGGCAUGGCCUUGUCGUUUUGCGGCAACGACCGAAGCAUCAACGACCGAAGCAUCAACUCCUACAGCGUGGAGGAGGGCGUGCUCAACAAUGGCUGCUUCGUGGACGCCCUCAACCUGGUCCCCCACGUCUUCCUGCUCUUCAUCACCUUCCCCAUCCUCUUCAUUGGUUGGGGCAGUCAGAGCUCCAAGGUCCAGAUCCACCACAACACGUGGCUCCACUUCCCCGGACACAACAUGCGAUGGAUUCUCACCUUCUCGCUGCUGUUCGUCCACGUCUGCGAGUUCGCGGAGGGCAUCGUCUCCAACAAGGAGAUGUUGACCAACCACCUCCACCUCUUCAUGCCGGCAUUCAUGGGCUUCGUAGCAGCCACGACGUCGGUGGUUUACUACCACAACAUAGAGACGUCCAACUUCCCCAAACUGCUGCUGGUCCUGUUCAUCUACUGGGUGUUGGCCUUCAUCACCAAGUCCAUUAAGCUGUGGAAGUUUGCAGAGCACCAAGUCGGCCCGCAGCACCUGAGGUUCUGCAUCACGGCCCUGCUGGUGGUGCUGUACGGACUUCUGAUGGCCGUGGAGGUCAACGUCAUAAGAGUCAGGAAAUACGUGUUCUUUGCCAAGCCCCAAAAGGUGAAGCCUCCAGAAGACUUGCAGGAUCUGGGGGUUCGUUUCCUGCAGCCGUUUGUCAACCUGCUGUCCAAGUCCACGUAUUGGUGGAUGAAUCCUCUCAUCAUCGGAGCCCACAAGAGGCCCAUCGAGCUGAAGAAGAUCGGCAAGCUGCCCAUCGCCAUGCGAGCCCUCACCAACUACCUUCGGCUCAAAGACGCCUACGAGGACCAGAGGGUGACAGCCCCUUUCCGCUACCUGGCCGACCUGCUGGGCUUCGCCAGGCCGCUCUGCAUCUCCGGCAUCGUGAAGUACAUGAACACCACGGACAGCUCCCCCGCGGCCGGAGCACAUCAAGAGCAGACGCAUUUAGGCGUGUACUUCAUGUCCUCCACGGAGCUGCUGGAGAACACCUCGGUCCUGGCCGUGCUCCUCUUCCUGGCGUUGGUCCUACAGAGGACCUUCCUGCAGGCCUCCUACUACGUCGCCAUAGAAACCGGCAUCAACCUGCGGGGAGCCCUGCUGGCAAUGAUCUACAACAAAAUGCUGCGUCUGUCCACCUCCAACAUGUCCAUGGGGGAGAUGACGCUGGGGCAGAUCAACAACCUGGUUGCCAUAGAGACCAACCAGCUGAUGUGGUUCCUCUUCCUCUGCCCCAACCUGUGGGCCAUGCCCGUACAGAUCGUGAUGGGAGUGAUCCUGCUCUACUACCUGUUGAACGUCAGCGCCUUGGUGGGGGCGGCGGUCAUCGUCCUGCUGGCGCCGGUCCAGUACCUCAUCGCCACCAAGCUGGCCGACACGCAGAAGAGCUCCCUGGAACACUCGACGGAUCGUCUGAAGAAGACCACGGAGAUCUUGAAGGGCAUAAAGCUGCUGAAGCUGUACGCCUGGGAGAACAUAUUCUGCGACAGCGUGGAGGAGACCAGAGGCAAAGAGCUCACCAGCCUCAAGACCUUUGCUCUCUACACCUCCAUGUCCAUUUUCAUGAACGCCGCUAUCCCCAUCGCCGCCGUCCUCGCGACGUUCGUGAUGCACCACUUCCUGAACGGGAAGGGCCCCGCUCCGUCGGAGGCUUUCGCCGCCCUGGCGUUGUUCCACAUCCUGGUCACGCCCCUCUUCCUGCUGUCCACCGUGGUGCGAUUCGCCGUGAAGGCGCUGGUCAGCGUCCAGAAGCUCGGCGAGUUUCUCCAGAGUGACGAAAUUGGAGACGACAGCUGGAGGAAUGGAGACAUGUCCGUUUUCAUGGAAGCAGGGAAAAAGACCCCGGGGGGGACCAAAGCCAUCAACAGAAGGCAGCCCAUGCGCUCCCAGAUGGACAACUACGAGCAGCCGCCCCGGCGUCAGAUGAGGCCCUCGGAGACGGAGGAUGUGCCCGUGAAGGUGAGCAACGGAUCCUUCACCUGGGGAAGCAACCUGUCCACGCUGUCCGACAUCAACAUCCGCGUCCCCACCGGUCAGCUGACCAUGAUCGUGGGCCAGGUGGGUUGUGGGAAGUCCUCCCUGCUGCUGGCGAUGCUCGGCGAGAUGCAGAGCAUCGACGGAAGAGUCCACUGGAGCAAGCUGCCUGAUAAUGAGACGCUCCACGAGGAGAACAUCAGUUGGUCAGGGGCAGAGGAGUCUGACGAAGACAUCAGGAGCAAGAACAGAUACUCCGUGGCCUACGCUACCCAGAAGUCCUGGCUGCUCAAUGCCACCGUGGAGGAGAACAUCACCUUUGGAGGCCCUUUCAAUAAACAGAGGUACAAGACGGUGAUCGACGCCUGCUCUCUGCAGCCCGACAUCGACCUGCUGCCCUUCGGGGACCAGACGGAGAUCGGAGAGAGGGGCAUCAACCUGAGUGGAGGCCAGAGACAGAGAAUCUGUGUGGCCCGAGCGCUCUACCAGAACACCAACAUCGUCUUCCUGGACGAUCCCUUCUCCGCGCUGGACAUCCACCUCAGCGAUCACCUGAUGCAGGAGGGCAUCCUCAAGUUCCUGCAGGACGACAAACGCACUGUCGUCCUGGUGACCCACAAACUGCAGUACCUCAUUCACGCUGACUGGAUCAUAGCGAUGAAGGACGGCUCGGUGCUGAGAGAGGGAACGCUGAAGGACAUCCAGACGCACGACAUCGAGCUUUACGACCACUGGAAGACGCUGAUGAACCGGCAGGACCACGGGCUGGAGAAGGACGUUCAGCAGGACAGUCAGACCACGCUGGAGAGGAAAACGCUGAGGAGAGCGUUCUACUCCAGAGAGGCCAAGAACCAGAUGGACGACGAGGACGAAGAGGAAGAGGAGGAGGAGGAAGACGACGACAACAUGUCAACGACCACUAACAGAAGGUCAAAGAUCCCGUGGAGGGUGUGCUGGUGCUACAUGUCCUCUGGGGGCUUCUUCAUGGUCUUCCUGAUGGUGUCCUCCAAGCUCCUCAAGCACUCCGUCAUUGUUGCCAUUGACUACUGGCUGGCAAUCUGGACUUCCGUUAAAACCACCGGGACUGUGGACAGCAGAACGGCCAACGCCACGGGUCCUCCCCCAGCGGCCGAGGACGACUCCCACUACCUGCCGGUGUUCAUCAUCCUGUGUGCGGCGGGGAUCACGCUGUGCCUCAUCACCUCUCUCACCGUGGAGUUUCUGGGUCUUUCUGCAGCCACAAACCUGCACCACAACCUGCUCAACAAGAUCAUCCACGCUCCCAUCAGGUUCUUUGACAUCACUCCUCUGGGGCAGAUCCUCAACAGGUUCUCCGCAGACACCAACAUCAUAGACCAGCACAUUCCUCCCACGCUGGAGUCCCUGACGAGGUCCACGCUGCUCUGCUUGUCGGCCAUCGGGGUCAUUUCCUCCAUCACUCCGUUCUUCCUCUUCACCUUGGUUCCCCUGGCCGUGGCCUUCUACUUCAUCCAGAAGUACUUCCGGGUGGCCUCCAAGGACCUCCAGGAUCUGGACGACUCCACCCAGCUUCCUCUGCUCUGCCACUUCUCUGAGACCGCUGAAGGUCUCACCACCAUCCGAGCGUUCAGACACGAGGCCCGGUUCAAACAGCGGAUGCUGGAGCUGACGGACACCAACAACACCGCCUACCUGUUCCUGUCUGCCGCCAACCGCUGGCUGGAGGUCCGGACGGACUACCUGGGGGCGGUGAUAGUGCUGUCGGCAGCGGGAACCUCCAUAUGGGCGAGCGGCUACGGCUUUUACUCUGGAGGCCUCGUGGGCCUCGGGCUCACGUACGCCCUCACGGUCACCAACUACCUGAACUGGGUUGUGAGGAACCUGGCAGACCUGGAGGUCCAGAUGGCCGCCGUGAAGAAGGUCAACAGCUUCCUGGGCACCGAGUCGGAGAACUACGAGGGAACUAUGGACGCCUCUCAGGUGCCUGAGAACUGGCCUCAGGACGGCGAGAUAAAGAUCCAGGACCUGAGCGUGCGCUACGACCCCGUCCUCAAACCUGUCCUCAAGCACGUCAACAUGUUCAUCGAGCCGGGCCAGAAGGUAACGCCACUGGGGAUCUGCGGUCCCACUGGGAGCCGGGAAGAUCCUCUCUGCGCUGCUGAUGCGAGCGCACGUUUGCUGUCCGCAGGGAAGAUCGUCAUCGACGGGAUCGACAUCUGUAAGCUCCCCCUGCAGACGCUCCGGUCCCGCCUCUCCAUCAUCCUGCAGGAUCCAGUGUUGUUCAGUGGAUCCAUCAGGUUCAACCUCGACCCCGAGAGGACGUGCACCGACGACCGCCUGUGGGAGGCGCUGGAGAUCGCUCAGCUGAAGAACAUGGUGAAGGCGCUGCCCGGAGGACUAGAUGCCGUGGUGACGGAGGGCGGGGAGAACUUCAGCGUGGGCCAGAGGCAGCUCUUCUGCCUGGCUCGAGCCUUCGUCAGGAAGAGCAGCAUCCUCAUCAUGGACGAGGCCACGGCGUCCAUAGACAUGGCCACGGAGAACAUCCUCCAGAAGGUGGUGAUGACAGCCUUCGCGGACAGAACGGUGGUGACCAUCGCACACCGCGUCCACACCAUCCUCACGGCCGACACCGUCAUCGUGAUGAAGCGAGGGAACAUUCUGGAAUACGACAAACCGGAGACUCUGCUGGAGCAGGAGGACGGGGUGUUCGCCUCCUUCGUCCGGGCCGACAUGUAGACGCACGCGUCCGUCGGUCCUUUCUGUUUUCUUCUUUCACGUUGAGUUUGUUUUUUCUUAAGCGAGGCGGACGGACCUCUGUGACGAGAACGGACGAACCGAUCCAGAAACAUUAUGAAUCACCACUUUAUAUAUUUGAACAGUACUUGAAUCAUUCAGUCAGCCGAUUAAAUUAUGCCUUUUUGUUUUUUAGAAACAACACCUGUAGCCAAAUAUCACCUAAGGGAUAAACAGGUUAAUGAGUUCCCCAAUAUAGUUUAUCCAAAAUACGCAUAUCAAGACAAUAAAGAAAUCAUUGGAUCACUGACUUUUAACAACCAGCAUUAAAGAGUUAGUUACAAACAUAGAUCCCGCUUCCCUAAAGAGAAGGUUGUGUUCUUUCAAUGGGAUUUGUUGAGAAUAAGAAAGUGUGGAAUUAUAUUCAGAAUGUAUUUGGGCAUGAAGUGUGUUCAGGAAGCCAUUUAGCUUUUAUUUCAGGUGUUAUACGCGGUAUAUAAACCUUUUCAACUUAAAGUGUUGAGACUGCACAGCGUUACAUUGAGAUUUUGUCCUUUAAGGAUAAUUUAUCAACCAACACUUCAAGCGUCGUUAAACAUAUCUUUUAAUCCUUGGUAUGUGUGUUAUGAUAAAAAAUGUGAGAAACAAUCUCACUGCAAAGGAUUUUGCAUUUUUUUAGACUGACACUCAAUACACAGCUUUUAAAAACCUUUUUGAAAAGAUCAGCGAGACGGAUCUCAACGAAGCGCGACGAUGGAAACCAACAUCCAAGGAUUUACUGCGUCUGUUUUUAAUAGAAUUCUUGUGGGGCCUGAAAGGGAGACGCCAGAACUCAAAGUCCACUCAGACUACUUGCAAUGACCACCAGGAGGUCGACCGUGCAACGGUGUUUUCCAGCCCAACUUUUCAGCUUUUAUCUUUAUUUCCCGACAGGUACAACUAGCUAGGUAGCUGACAAAGUACCGCAAGGAGCAGCUCAAGAGCCAGAAAUCUUCCUCUGGAGUUAGAGAACAAUAACCGAUCUAAAAGAAGAGAUUUCAGAGCCCACAACAAAGUUUAUGAGCGAUAAAAUGUCAGAUGUUCUGCUGCCACCAAGUAGCCAAAAUCCUCAUUCUUAUUCCAACGUAAUGAACGAUUUGUACAAUCAGAUCCCAUUGGGGGUCGUGGCUUCCAAACUUUUCCAUUAACUUAUCCGAUAAGGGUUGUAAAACCCUCAAUUCGAUACCGCGCUGUAGUCGACACAGGAGACUCUUAAAAACCUUUGACUUCUUCAGUUAACUGGACAUUUGGCUGUACUUUUGUGCUACGAAUCUUCUAUGCAAUCAGUCAACAGCGCGUUGACUUCAUAACCCGUGAAGAAAUAGCAGCUCGUUAGCUUAGCACAAAGACUCCAUGCGGGUAGAAACCGUUAGCAUGGCUCUAAAGCACCUCUGGAGCUGCUUCAACUUAAUUUCUACAAAAGAUGUGAAAAUGACAAUGCUGGUAAUGUACCAGACUUUUAUGCCUUUAUGUUCCCAGUUAAUGUUUAUUUUGAGAUAUUAGUUUACGAUCCUCUUUAUUUAACAUCAUCAGCCGGUGGGCAGUUUUUAAAAAGAAACCUGAAAUGAAAAUAGCUCUAAACAUUUUAUGCCUGUUGAUUCGCGCUGUCCCGCCUCUAUUGCCCUUUGUUGUGUUAUUCUCACUUUUCAAAUGACUGAACUACAGACUAAAAGCCAAAUAGAUUCUUUGAUAUUUUUUAAAGAUAAAAUAAGAUGUUUCAUCUCAAGAAGUCAUUAUUUUUUCUCCACUUGUAAACGUCUGCCGCCACUUCGACUUUGAGCUUCAUUUUUUACUGCGCGUGUGUUUCUGCUUCGUACAUCUAAACACAAUUAAUCUAUUCAAUAAUUUACAAUUAUGCCGUGUUUGCACUCGGUUCAAUGAAAGGCAACACUUAGGUAUCAAUCUUCUCCCUUUUAUAGAUUUGUAACAUAUAUAUUAGUCUUUUACCCCAUGUUUUGGAUAUUAAAUACAAAACGCGUGGGUUACUUAAGGGUUGACAUUGACUGUUAAAUGCAUGAAACAUAGAGUGAACAUCGCACGCACACACACACACACACACACACACACACACACACACACACACACACACACACACACACACACACACACACACAAAUGAUUCGACUGCUCACAUGAAUGCACAUUUAAAUGCAACUUAAAUACCAGAAAUAAUUCUUCCACGUAAAGGGUGAUUUGUUUUUUACUCUUAAUGUAUGUAAGUGUACAUUCUGUAUAUCCAAGAAUUUUUGAAAAUAUAUAAACAAUUGUUAUGUGUGCCUAAUUUUUUUACUCUUGAAAUGACAAUAAAAUGUUUUAUGAG